AUAUUCUUAAUUAUUUUUAAAAGGUUUGGAAUGAUUCUGCAUCUGCAUUUAGCAUUCAAUGCAAAAUGGAGAGAACAAAGCUUGAAUGGUCUCCAUCACUAUCAAAGAACAUUCAAGAAAUAUCUUUAUAUUUUAAAAAGUCAAGCAGUUGUUUAGACAAUAAGAUUAUUCUGAGAGAAAAAGAAAAAAACUCUUCUGCCAUACAUUUUUCUAAUGUAGAACUAAAACUGAAUAGCACUGACAUCUUUGCUGUUAGUAAUGCUGGAACAGUUCUGGCAUUUAGAAUAGAUUCCUUCAUUGUAGAAAAAUCAAUUUUAAGAAUGCAAUUUGAGCUCGAUGGAUUAAAAGUACAACAUUUUAUUCAACCUAAAAAGCCUUUUCAGUGCCUAAAAUCUUCAGAAAUAAAGAACUAUGUGUUAAAUUUCAGAACUGUCAAGUUUGAUUAUGAAGACAAAGUAAUUUGGUUUUAUAUAAAAAUAUUUUUGUUUAUUGUUUUGUUUCUAAUCAUUUUUAUAUAUAAUAAAGUAAAAACUUUAAACAUUUAAGACCGGUUUUAUUGAUGAGAUAAUGUAAUAAUUUUAAAUUAAUCUGUAUUAAAUAAUGGGAGUCUUCAAUAUAAGUUAUACUAAUGCUAAAAUAUAAAAUUACAACAUUUGUUUUAAUGGUAAAAUUUCAUUGAUUAUACAAAUAUUUUUACAGUAAUUAUAGCAUGAGCACUAGCAUGAGUUUUAAUCUCAAGAUUAAAUACAUUUUAAUAUACAAAAUUUGCACAAGUAUAAAUCUUUAGAAUAAACUGUCAGCUAAGUUAACUGGUCAAUUUUGGACAGUUAAAACUUAUUCUGUAGAUUAGCAAAGAAACAAGAUGGUUGAUUGGCUCCAGUUUCAAUAUGGAUGAUCUUAGUUUAGAUUAUUUAAACCAAUCUUGACAUAAUAUUAAAAAGAUCAGAUCUUAUAAUCAGAGCCGUAACUAGGCAGGUGCAACAGGUGCAUUCGCACAGGGCCCACUUGGAAGGGGGGCCCAAACUGCUGUUCACAAGAAAUUAUAGUUUUAAAUCUUAAAUUUUUCCUCCUUUUUAUUGGCAAUUACAUUUUGCCUUAUUUAAACCCUAGAUGUCUGCUCACCAGUGUUUCCAACCAUGGCAACUUUUAGAGGGACGUAGUGAGAU